AUGACCCUCUUCAACCCACAAUUCCAAAUCCUCUCCGACAUCCACCUCGAAACGCCCACUCUCCACCCGUCGUACACAUUCUUCUCGCGCAGCCCAACGCGCUUCCCGCUCCUCGCAUCCAAUCUGCUCCUACUCGGCGACAUCGGGCUCGUCCAACACCAUGCUCUCUUCAGCUUCCUACGCUACUUGCUCGAGCGCACGCCCAAUCUCCGCAUCUUCUACGUCCCCGGAAACCACGAGGCAUAUGGGAUGCCCAUGGACGCUGCGCUGAGCGCUAUGAGGACCUUUGAAGAGCACGUGCGAGCAGAAUUCGGAGAGCGGUUCUGGUUUAUGGACAGGCAGCGGGUGGAUGUCUCGCCUACGCUCACGAUUCUCGGUUGUGCAUUGUGGUCGAGGAUCGACGAGCGGCAGAGCGAGGCGUGUGCGAGCGCGCUUACGGACUUCCAUGAGACGAAUGGCAUACGAGAUCGGACGGUGCAGCAGCAUAAUGCGGAUCACGCGCGGGAUCUGGAGUGGCUGAAUGAGCAGGUUGGGGCUAUAUCGGCUUCCGAGGGCUACCGUAAGAUUAUCGUGUUGACGCAUCAUUCGCCUACUGCGGAUCCGCGCGCUAAUGAUCCAGUGCAUGCGGAUUCGAAUGUUAAUUCGGGGUUUCGGACGGAUUUGAGCAAGGAGGCUUGCUGGACGAGUCUGAAUGUGAAACUCUGGGCGUUUGGGCAUACGCACUUCAGCUGCCAAUAUGUCGACGAGGAAGACGGGAGGAAGAAGCUGGUUGUGAGUAAUCAGAAGGGGUAC